CGCGGCGUUUUGCUACCGCUGCCGGGGCAGCGCGGGGGUGCAAAGGCCGGAAAUCCCCUGUCCCCCACCCCGCCAGGAGUCAUGGCCGAGGGCGAGGAUCUCCACUCCUUCACGUCGAUCAUGGAUGCCCUCGUCCGGAUAAGCACCAGCAUGAAGAACAUGGAGAGGGAGUUGUUGUGUCCAGUGUGCAAGGAGAUGUACAAGCAGCCUCUGGUGCUUCCCUGCAUGCACAACGUGUGCCACAUCUGCGCCACUGAGGUCCUGCUACAGCAGGGCUACGUCUGCCCAGACCCCACUUCUGAGCCCACCUCACCGGCCUCCACACCAGCCACGCGAAGCCCCCGCCUGGGGCGGCGGGUCGUGCCCAAGCCAGAGCGCCUGGACCGGCUUCUCAAGUCAGGUUUCGGCACGUACCCGGGGCGCAAGCGAGGUGGCCUCGUGCACCCGCAGAGUGUGCUCUUCCCAUGCCCAUUGUGCCAGCGGGAUGUGGACCUGAGUGAGCGCGGCUUAGGCAGCCUCUUCCGCAACCUGACACUGGAGCGGGUUGUGGAACGCUACCGCCACACCAUCAAUGUCAGCGCGGCCAUCACGUGCCAGUUCUGCAAGCCGCCGCAGCUGGAGGCCACCAAAGGUUGCACCGAAUGCAAGUCCAGCUUCUGCAACGAGUGCUUUAAGCUCUACCAUCCUUGGGGCACCCAGAAAGCCCAGCAUGAGCCUACCCCGCCAACACUCACCUUCCGGCCCAAGGGUCUGACGUGCCCGGAGCACAGAGAGGAAGUGACGCACUACUGCAAGAGCUGCCAGCGCCUGGUCUGCCAGUUGUGCCGCGUUCGCCGCACGCACACGGGCCACAAGAUCACGCCCGUGCUCAGCGCCUACCAAGCCCUCAAGGAGAAACUGAUGAAAAGCCUGGCAUACAUUCUGAGCAAUCAGGAUACAGUUCAGGCCCAAAUUAGUGAGCUGGAAGAAACCCUUAGGCUCACCGAGGCGAAUGGCGCACAGGCCAAGGAGGAGGUGACGCGGCUGAUACGCGGCUUGAGCGCCCUACUGGAAGAGAAGCAGUUGUCCUUGCUCAAUGCCAUUGAGGAAUGCCGGCAAGAUCGCGUCUCUAACCUGCGCGCACAGUUGCACGAGCACAGGGCCAUGAUGGAGAACUCUGGCAUGGUGGGUUACACUCAGGAAGUGCUCAAGGAGACGGACCAGCCGUGCUUUGUGCAGGCCGCCAAGCAGCUACACAACAGGAUCAUCAGGGCAACCGACUCGCUCCAGGUGUUCCAUCCAGCAGCCAGUGCAACAUUCAGCCACUUCCAGGUGGAUGUCAGCCGGGAGCUGAAACUACUCACAGACCUUACCUUUAUCAAAGCGCCGGAAGCACCCGUGAUCGACACGCAGCGCACCUAUGCCUACGACCAGAUCUUCUUGUGCUGGCGCCUGCCGCAGCACUCGCCGCCAGCCUGGCAUUACACGGUGGAGUUCCGAAGGGCCGAGCCAAAGGGCAAGGCGCUCAAGCUGUGGCAGCGCCGGGAAGAGGUGCGCGGUACCAGCGCCGUUGUGGAGUACCUGGACACUGACUGCGUUUAUGUGCUGCGGGUCAAAGGCUAUAACAAGGCCGGGUUUGGAGACUACAGCGAGGACAUUUACCUGCAUACGCCACCCGCACCCGUGCUGAAUUUCUUUCUGGACAACCGUUGGGGCUUCAACCGAGAGCGCUUGGCGAUCAGCAAGGACCAGCGGGCAGUCCGCAGCAUCCCGGGGCUCCCCAUGCUCUUUGCCGCCGAGCGCUUGAUGACGAGCUGUCACCUGUCGAUCGACCUGGUGAUCGGGGACGUGGCCGUCACCCAGGGGCGCAGUUACUGGGCCUGCUGCGUGGACCCCAGCUCUUACCUGGUCAAGGUGGGCGUUGGGCUGGAGAGCAAGCUGCAGGAGUGGUUCCAGGUGCCCCAGGACGUGGUGAGCCCCAGGUAUGACCCCGACAGCGGCCACGACAGCGGCGCCGAGGACACCACCUUGGACACGGCACCGCCUUUCGCCUUCCUGACCAUUGGCAUGGGCAAGAUCCUCCUCUCCCAUGGUGUGGCACUGACCUCCCGAGACCCCGGCAACUGUACUGUCCCGCUGCCUCCCCGCGUGGGCAUCUGCCUGGACUAUGAGCGCGGCAAGGUGAUGUUUUUUGAUGCCGUCUCCUUCCGCAGCCUCUGGGAGUGCGGGAUCGACUGCUCGGGGCCUGUCUGCCCCGCCUUCUGCUUCAUCGGCGGCGGCGCCCUGCACCUCCAGGAGCUGGUGGCCAACCGCCAGGAGCGGAAAGUCACCAUUGGCGGCUUCUCCAAGCUGGAUUGAGAGACUGUUGGCGUCUCGCAGGCGUGAGACGGAAGCAGAGCCGAGGCAGCCCUUCCGGGGGCCUCCUGCGGGGCACGAGAACAGCUUUCCUCCCGCAUUCAAAACACGGCUCCAAAGGCAUGUUGAGAAGGGAUUUGGGGUGGGGUUGAGGGAUGGAAAUAAGCGGCGGAGACUGCCCAGGGCGUCUGAAACGGACACUCAUCACACCAGGCUGUAUUGAGAGAGCUGCCCUCCAAUGGCCCUUCCAGCGGAUAGAGACUCUGCCUUUUGAACAAGGGGCCUACAGCUGUGAUCCUGUCUAGAUCCUCUCCCCCCCCCCCCAGAAAGAAGCUUGCCACUGAGAUAUGGGGGGGAGGGACUGAGAGGAGUGUUGCUCCCACAAGCCGCACUGUGUGUGUGUGCACGGAGCUGGGUGGGAAUUGUCUUUCUGUGUCGUGUCCUUAUUUCUCUCUCUCUUGUCUCAGCAUCUCCCCAUUCCCUCCCCUGUCCUUGUGCCUUGCAGGGGGAGAAGGGCACUCCCGACUUCCUCUCCCUCCCCUUCCACUGCUCAACUGGGAUGUUCUACCCCAAAAACUCUUGAGGGGAAUCUAAUUUCCUGUCCCCCUGUGGGGCAGGGAUUUUGAUCUAUGACGGAGAGAAGGACAUUUUGUCUUGGUGCAUGGGUGAAUUAGGGAUGUUUUUAACGGCUUAAUCACAUGCUCAUUCCCUUUUUUAACUCUGAUUCAUCGCUGCUGCCCCCCCCAAAAAAACUUCAUCAACCCCCCUGGUGGGGUGAUUGGCACCUGUCGUAUCCCUCUCUCCUACAUGAGUCCAACUUUGAACUGAAAUUUUUUUAAGCCCCCCUCCCCGCGACUCUCUCAAUGCCUCACAGGUGUCCGCCUCUUUUUGGACUCAACCCCAUAACUUGUCUACAUGAUGUUGAAGUCUGUUUUCUAGUCUGUCUUGAGUUUCCUGAACUGUGGAUUUCUGGAAUUUGGGGGAACGGAAUUAAAGGGCUACGAAUGGAUUAAAUAACCCCUGGGGAAAAAAAUGACGGUCCUCGGGGAGAAGAGGGUGGUGGGAGGGAUAGGCCAUGGCAAUCAAAACUGUUUUUGAGCAGGUUUAGAUUUUAUAGCAUAGAUCAGCCUGCUUGCUUCCAGGUUGUUGUGAUAUAA